AGACGCUUUUGUGACACUUUUGACAGUUUUUCCAUUUGACAGGAAGAUAACCUAUUAUUUUUGAGAUUUUUAAUUAUAUUGUUUAUUAAUUGUUAUAUUUCAAUAUUUCUUUUUGUAUCGUACUCAUUUUGACUAUAUAACAAUCACUGUGUAACCAACACUUACAAAUAUGAAGGAUCCCAAGAAGCAAUCCAAUGCUGAAAUUAAAGAACCCCAAGUUGAAGUGCUUCCCAUUCGACAAAUAACUCAAACAGAUAAGUUGAAUAAACGCUUGCUGGAGUCAUUUUUGACUAGAAUUAACCGAGAGUCGUCUAACGGAUUGAAUCAGACGCCUUCACAACACGAGAAUGAAAGGAACGAAUUCAACUAGAUUUUUGUCACUGUAACAUAUCCUAACCUAAAAUUAAAUAAAACGCGGGAAGAUUUCACAUUUAUGGGUCGUGUUUUACUUGUAUCAUUUUUUUUGAAGUUGAUAAAAAUUUUUGAAGAUGUCUUCUGGAGAUGAAUCAGUUGAUAUUCCAGAUGAAAUAGACUUGAUUGAAGAAGUUGAGGGAGAGGUGGACAACCCCAUUGAAACCAUCGAAGAACCUACUGAAGAAGAAGCUACUCCGAAUACUGCGAACAAAGAUUCCGAUGAUGACGAGGAUAGUUCUAAAAAAGUUGUCAAACCAAAAAGAGUCAUAAGAAAUCCUCAACCGAAACUAAAUGAACAAACUCUGAGAACUUCAAAGGGUCUUCCGGCUCUCACAAACCAUUUCAAACGUGUGAAAUUCAAAGGUCGAGGUCAUGAAGCCGAAGAUUUGAAUGUUCUCAUGAAGACCUAUGAGUAUUGGUGUCAUCGUUUGUUUCCAAAGUUCCCAUUUGAUGCCUGCAUUGCAAGAUUGGAGACGCUUGGUACCAAGAGGGGCACUCAGGUACUUAUGAAAAAAAUUAGAUUGGGCAUGGAAAUAGCAGAUGACGAUAAUAAAAUGGUGAGCGAUGAAGAACAUGAAGGAGAAGCAGUUGCUACAGAAGGUUUUAGAGAUACCUUUGAUAACCGGUUUGAUCAACUUUUAACAGGUAACAGGGAAAGCGAACGAACUAGUGAACCAGAUACAACUGAAGAACAACUGGAGAGAAUCCGACAGAACAGAUUACGUGCCGAGGCAUUAAGAAAACAAAGAUUAGAGAAAACCAAGUCAAUGUCUCAAAAUGAAACGAACAUGAAUAAUUCAUGUGCUGGGAAUGUAGUUAGUUCUGCAGAUAAUAUUUUAAAUAUUGUAAAUGAGGACAUUGAAUCUGAAAAACCAGAGGAGACUGAAAUCAGCUCAAUUAGUAGAUCACGAGUACUUUCAUCUGACGAAGAAGAAAUUGCCCAUAGCGAAAAAUUAGAAGAUGAUGACACUGAAAAUGGUGGCAGUAUUCGUAGAAAAAAAAUCCUCACCAUCGAAAGUGAUGAUGAACCCGACACAAAUGUGGAAGAGAAUCAUAUAGAUACUAUUACAAAAAAUUACAGUCAAGGUGAAACACAAACCGAUGAAAUGGAAGCAGAUGGUGAAGAAGUGGAUUUGGACAAUAUUUUGAAUAUAGUAAAUGAAGAAACUGAAACUUCUCUGAAAAAAAUGCAUACAAAUUUGAGUCAUAAUGAAACAAAUCAAAGGCUGGAGCAAACUCAAGCCCAAACUGAUGAAAUGGAAGAGGUUGACUUUGAUAAUAUAUUGAGUAUAGUUAAUGAGGACACUGGAAUUCCAACAUCAAAAAGUCCACAUCAAAAUAGACCAGCGUCUGCAGAUAACAAUCAAGGUGGGAUGAUCAGAACUGACAAUUAUGAAGAAGAAAAUAGUAAUAAAAGCUCUCGAAAGAAAAGCAUCCAAGGAAUUGAAAGUGAUGAAGAAAUGGAUACAAAUUAGUUUCCUCAAAAACAUCCCUCUGCAGAAGAUAGUGAGAUAAUUUAAGUUAGGUAAUGUUACACUGGGAAAAAUAAAAUUUUAAUGUUGA